AUGCGCAUAACAUCGACCCAAACGGGUCGUUUUGGUAAUCAAGCGGAACAGCUAUUAGGAAGUCUUCAAUUCGCCAAAUCGCUGGACAGGACUUUAAUACUUCCGCCGUUCAUACAAUACAAUCACUAUAAGAUUAAUUUUAUACCAUUUGAUGAUUACAUUCAAUUGGAACCGAUUCAACGCUUCCAUCGUGUGAUUACUUUAGAGACAUUUAUGAAACAUUUAGCGCCAACUGUUUGGCCAAAGGAGAACCGCUCAAUACUCUGCUAUUCUUCGAGAGGAUCACAGGAGAAGGGAUGCAAUCCUUUAGAUGGGAAUCCGUUUAACGCCUUUUGGACUCAUAUCGGUGUAAAUGAAUUCAAAAACGGAUCUGUCUUUCAUUCACCAAUUCUUACGGAUUAUAAAUACGCCAAAGAAUGGAUCAUAAGAUUUAAACACUUAAAGGUUUUGGCAUUUGUCGUAAUCUCUGAUCCAAAUAAUGUGGACAACAGGCGCGCCGUCGGCCUUUCCAACCAAUGA